CCAGCGUGACGCAGCAUUCCAUGGUUGGGGGGGGGCGCAUGCGGAAGCCAGUCUGUGACGUGACCUCCAGCCGAGCUUCCGUGGACUUUCGACUGAGAGCCUGCACCCCCGCCCCCGCCAUCCAUCUGUCCAUCUGCACGGCCUCACUCACCCGCGCCCCCACCCAUCUGCCAUCAGCAUCCCACGCCUCCCCCGCCCCAGACAGGAGCCGGGCACUGCCUCCCUGCCAGAGCGCGGCGGGUGGGGCGCAGGGGACCCGCAGAAGAUGCCGCGACAGCGCAGGUGCAGGGAGGGGCCGGGAGGAGAAGCAGAGGCGGCCCCCCAGUUCCACGAGCCGCGUGUCUUUCGUGGGAGGAGGCCCCCAUGACGCAGCAAUGCAAAGGGACGGUCUGGUGUGUGGGGUGGGGGGGUUGGACCCCACACACAGGCCAGUCCCCCCUUUCCAACCCCGCAUUCCGCCCGGGGCGCUGGGCCUGGAACCAGAAGCGAGGCUCCAGUGGGCCCCCAAUGGCUUUUUCUUCCUGAAGACGCGUGUCGGGCCUGUCUGCGUUGCCAUGGAAACCCGCGAUGACGUAAAUUGGCCGUCCGAGGAGUUGGAUUUGAAGUUUGGCUCUAAGGGGACCCCUCAAGCGCAGCUCCUCCUGGCGGGGGUCCUGCCCGAGCGGGGGUUCGGGCGGAGACUCCUGGCGCGGGCCCUCCGGGGCGUGGCCCUACCCUAUGGCGCUGCGGGCCCUGGUGCGGGACUGCGCCCCCUUCUCCGCCUCCCCCUCUCCCGUCUGUAGAGAGGCUGGGCUUGCUCUGGGCGUCCGCUCCGGGGAGACCCCCGACCCCUCCUCCUCAGUGGCACCCCCACCCCCGCGGGCCAAGCUCCACCUCAAGCCCCAGCGCUGGCUGCCCUCGCCCCACAACCACGCCAUUCCCCGGCCUCUCGGCCCUCCGCUGCUCCGACUCUGCUUCCACGGAUCGCUCCUGUAUCCGAGCCCCGUGGCUCCUCGUCCGUCUCCGCCUGCACACACACGGACGCUGGCUGCACCGGGAAACCUCGCCCGCCGAGUGCCCAUUGCCCCUGCCCGCGCCACGUGGGAACCCAUCUCAGGAAGAGUCUUCAGCCCGGGGACAAGGACUGCCAUCCACCAUGGUGAAGCUGGGCUGCAGCUUCUCUGGGAAGCCAGGUAAAGACCCUGGGGACCAGGAUGGGGCUGCCAUGGACAGUGUGCCUCUGAUCAGCCCCUUGGACGUCAGCCAGCUCCAGCCGCCGCUCCCUGACCAGGUGGUCAUCAAGACACAGACAGAAUACCAGCUGUCCUCCCCAGACCAGCAGAAGAAGUUCCCUGACCUGGAGGGCCAGAGGCUGAACUGCAGCCACCCAGAGGAAGGGCGCAGGCUGCCCACCGCGCGGAUGAUCGCCUUCGCCAUGGCGCUGCUGGGCUGCGUGCUGAUCAUGUACAAGGCCAUCUGGUACGACCAGUUCACCUGCCCUGACGGCUUCCUGCUGCGGCACAAGAUCUGCACGCCGCUGACCCUGGAGAUGUACUACACGGAGAUGGACCCCGAGCGCCACCGCAGCAUCCUGGCGGCCAUCGGGGCCUACCCGCUGAGCCGCAAGCACGGCACGGAGACGCCGGCGGCCUGGGGGGACGGCUACCGCGCAGCCAAGGAGGAGCGCAAGGGGCCCACCCAGGCUGGGGCGGCGGCGGCGGCCACCGAACCCCCUGGGAAGCCGUCGGCCAAGGCGGAGAAGGAGGCGGCGCGGAAGGCGGCCGGGAGCGCGGCGCCCCCGCCCGCGCAGUGACGUCUCCGGCCUCGCAGCCCGGCCCGGGCGUCCUCCGCCAGCUCCUGUGACCAGCGCGUCUCCCGAUGCUCUCUGCCGUGUUCGUGUCCCCAGGCGCCCUCGCUGCAGCCCUGCCCCCAUGGGUCUCUGACUCUGUCGCUUUUCUCUAAGUAAAGAUUUCAUGUCCA